AUGCAGUCCGGAAAUGUAAAAGUCCAAUUGGAAGUUACCAAAAUAAAUUCGACUGUGACGACAGAAUUUGUUCUCUUGGGCUUUUCUGAUAUAUCCAAACUGCAUGAAUUUCUCUUCGGAAUAUUUUUAGUCAUCUAUCUGAUUAUCUUGUUAGGCAAUGGAACCAUUAUCAUGGUAACCAGACUGGAGCCAGCUCUUCAGACACCCAUGUAUUUCUUUAUCAGCAAUUUCUCUUUCCUAGAGAUCUGCUAUGUGUCCAUCACUCUUCCCAGAAUGCUCAUGGACCUUUGGACCCAGCAGGGAAAUAUUUCUUUUUAUGCCUGUGCCACACAAAUGUGCUUCUUCCUUAUGUUGGGAGCCACCGAGUGUUUCCUCCUAGCUGUGAUGGCCUAUGACCGCUAUGUGGCCAUUUGCCAACCUCUGCACUACCCUCUCAUCAUGAGUCACAAAAUGUAUACACAGUUGGUUGUUGCCUCCUGGGUCAGUGGAAUUCCAUUGCAAGUAGGACAAACAAUCCAGAUUUUCUCUCUGCCUUUCUGUGAAUCCCAUCAGAUCAAUCACUUUUUCUGUGACAUUCCCCCCAUGCUCAAACUUGCUUGUGGGGAUAUCUUCCUGAAUGAGCUGGUGGUCUUUAUUUUUGCAGUACUGAUUGUCACCCUUCCCUUUAUGUGGAUCUUAGUGUCCUAUGUUAGGAUUAUCUCAACUAUUUUGAAGCUGCCAUCGAACACCGGAAGGUCCAAAGCUUUUUCCACUUGCUCAUCUCACCUUAUUGUCGUGUUUUUAUUCUACGGAUCUGCCAGUGUCACCUAUUUGAAACCAAAAUCGAAUCAGUAUGAGGGGACAGACAAACUGCUUUCUCUUUUCUAUACGAUUUUGACCCCCAUGUUCAAUCCCAUGAUAUACAGUCUACGUAACAAAGAUGUGACAGAGGCUUUGAGAAAGUUCUUACUCAAGCUGGCAGCAUGGUGA